AUGAUUGUAAACUCCAGCCAAGAUCUUUGCUUCCCUAGUGCUUCAAGCAAGUUGCCAUCGAAGACUAACAAGAUGGAGCUUUCUCAAGCCUGCAAGAAGGAAGGUGGUGUCCCGAGUCUGAUUUCGAUGAUGGUGCUUCGAGAGCGAUGCUCUGGGGAGCCUCAAACACGGGAAGAGACAAGCAAAUCAAAUGAGUUGGAUACCAGUGCUCUGCUGGCCGUCCUAGACGGAAUUGACCUUCUAGAUAUGUCAUUUACUUCCCAGCAUUCGCGCUUUGAUGACUCAAGUAGAGUCAACUCCAAGGUCCCAUUGCGAAAACCGGAACGCCGACUAUCAUGGGAGAGUCUUACUGGUGAUGAGCAAAGCACCAGCGUUCACGAGUCGUCGUCAAAUGCUGUCUUUGAUGUGAUCACAUCCGAGCAGUCACCGGUUCGUCGAGGAUCCAAUCUCCUCCAUCGACUCAGCACGUCAAGCCAAGGAGAUACUGCACUAUGCAAACCGACGCGCAAGUCCUCAGGUGAUAACCUAUUUGCACUGCACAAACGCAGACAGCCAAGACACUCGUUAGGCUCCUUCCUAUCGGCAAGAUAA